AUGAGUGAAUACGAGGACCUCAGUCACAUGAAGAAGGCUUCUUCAAUCUCGCUCAACGACUCUUCAAUUUACUAUCUUCCACAUCACGGAGUUUUCAAACCUGACAGCGAAACAACAAAGCUGCGGGUCGUCUUCAAUGGCUCAAGUCCAACAACAACUGGACUUUCUGUCGACGACAUCAUGCACACUGGUGCAAAUCUUCUGCUCAACAUCACUGACGUUUUGCUGUGGAUUCGACAUCACAAAUGCAUCUUCGCGACGAACAUCACCAAGAUGUACCGUCAAGUGCGAGUACAUGAAGACGAUUGGAACCUCCAACGGAUACUGUGGAUUGAUGAGGAAUCAAAUGAAGUCCCAUACACACUGACAACGGUCACCUACGGUACCAAAGCUGCACCAUUUCUAGCUGUCAGAGCCCUGUUACAACUUGCAGAGGACGAGGGUCAACGCUACCCACUGGCAGUACCAUCAAUCAAACAUGCAAGGUAUGUUGACGACAUAUUUGGUGGUGCAGAUUCUCUUGAUUCGUUAAUUGAAAUUGCUUCACAAUUAACUGACUUGUGCAACGCGGGCGGUUUCCCUCUUGCAAAGUGGCACUCAAACGAAGCCUCUCUGCUUGAAACCAUCGUGCCUUGUAAUAAUUCUCAAGGUACAUCAAUCUCACUAGACGACUGCAAUACCAAAACUCUCGGAUUGCGAUGGAACACUGUCAACGAUAGUUUCACAUUCACUACUAAAUCUCACCACAAUCUCAAUUUUACAAAACGCCUUGUACUAUCUGAGGUAGCACAGAUAUUUGAUCCGCUUGGCUUUUUGUCACCAGUCAUUAUUCGAGCGAAGGUACUCCUGCAAGAAUUAUGGCUUCUCAAUCUCAAAUGGGAUGAUCCACUGCCAUCCCAUGUUACUACACGAUGGAUUGCGAUCAGAGAAGAUCUUACAAGUCUGGCCAGACUCUCUAUACCAAGGUGGUUCAACACCUACAACAAUACCACAGUGGAAUUACACGGCUUCUCUGACGCUUCACAACUCGCCAUGGCAGCAGUAAUUUACAUUACUGUUUUCUCGCCGUCCACAGAUCUCAAGGUAACGUCACUGGUGUGCUCCAAGACAAAGGUCGCACCUCUCAAAAAACUUACAAUUCCCCGACUCGAGCUCACAGAUGCGCUGAUACUUGCAAAAUUACUAAAAUACGUUCAAGCUAAUCUCAAACUCAACAUUGCUGCAAUUCACCUGUGGACGGAUUCUCAAGUAACACAUACAUGGAUCAAAUGUCACGCAUCACGAUGGAAGGAUUACGUCAGGAAUCGUGUAACACAAAUUCAAGAACUAACGCAAACUGCAACUUGGAUGCACGUUCCUGGCACAUCAAAUCCUGCUGAUUGCGCUUCAAGAGGAUUGACUACAACUCAGCGUGAACAACACGAGCUAUGGUGGAGGGGACCACCAUGGCUUUUACAAUCUCAAGAAUCAUGGCCUGUACAACGCAACGCAUCUGACGACACUUGCCUACAGGAGUGUCGUCCAGGAAUCUCGCACGUGUUAACGUGUCAAAAAAUCGAUUAUUACUGGGACUUGAUUCACAAAUAUUCAUCUUUGCAAAAACUUUUUCAUGUUACCUCAGUUUGUUACAGGUUCAUCUCCAAACUGAGAAACACAACUGCUUCAACGAGGUUCUCAAACACGCCAGCUGAUUUGGAAAAGGCCAAAAUCUUCUGGAUUAAGGCCACACAAUCAGCAUACUUCUCACACGAGCUCAAGAUGAUGGUCAACAACCAAACGCUGCCAUCGUCUCACGCCUUCAAUCGACUCACGGCCUUCAUCGACGAUCAAGGGGUUAUUCGAGUUGGAGGAAGACUCAGCAAUGCUCAGUUAACCUACGAAGAUUCAGCAUUGAAGUCAAUGUUCGUCGAGGGCACUCAAGACAAUCAACGAUUGGCCAAGCUGUUCGCCCACGACCACACAACUUGGAGUUUCAAUCCACCUGCUGCACCGCACAUGGGAGGAAAGUGGGAGGCAGUGGUCAAGUCUGUCAAAUACCAUCUCAGACGCACGCAAUCUCAACACUGCCUGAGCCAUCUGUUGAACAGGCCAACAUCUCACCGAGAGCCAGGUGGCAUCUCAUACAACAAAAGUUACAACAAUUCUGGAAGCGCUGGUCAACUCAACAUCUCCAACGGAUGCAAUCAAUCUCUAAGUGGCAGCACCCUUCCAACAACAUCCACGUUGGAUCUCUGGUGCUGCUUACAGACGAGCGCUUCCCACCAUGCAAGUGGCCUCUUGCUCGAGUGCUCGCAGUUCACCCUGGACCAGAUGGAUUGA